CAUUGUUGCAUUGUUUCUUUACAUUAUGACGUAUUUUUAUACAAACGCGAAUGCGAAUUUUAUUUGCCGUGUUGUUAUAUAUUUGAAACAUCUUGGUUGCCGUCAAAUGAAAAGGCUAUUCUGAUGGGACAGUCGAAAUCAGCGCCGAUAAAAAUACUCGUUGUUGGACCAGUUGGUGCAGGAAAAACCUGCUUGGUCCAAUCAUUGCUUUUGGGAGUUGACUCAGUCAAUUAUUUAAAGCCAACAGAGAGUUAUGAGGUCGCGUACAUCAGAUCCCGUAAGACUGGUGUAUGGUACGAAGUCUAUGACAUUUGUGGAAAACCGGCCGGUCGUCCACACCGCAGAGCCUUCUAUGACGAAGCUCAAGGGGUCAUCCUCGUGGUCAACUGUUCUGACAAGGCUAACACGGCUGACAUAGAAGAGGCCAAGCAAGACCUGGACGAGUUGGUGGGAGCUUAUGACUUGGAUAGAAUUCCAUUCUUAGUAGUAGCAAACAGGGGUAGAUGUCACACAGACUUGAUUCCCAAUAUGUGUUGGACAUCUCCAUCAUGUUUUUUAUGAAGCGGAUCAAACUAACGGGACUUCUCUUUAACAAUCUUGUAAUCUGAUCAAUGGCCCAAACCAUUUUACGAAGUCGUUAUAGCCUAACGACAGACAUCACCGGGAACAGAUGCUCUAACUGUGGAUGAGCUCAGAACUACUCUCAAGCUGGAUACGAUGCUGGCCUACAGGAAGUGGUGGAUCUGUGAAAUGAGACCCAAAUUUCAGUGUGAUUUUGACAACAUUAUGGAAAAAAUUGAUCACUUUGUGGAAAAAACGAAGAAAAAACGAAGGCAGUAAAUUUAGAAAUAAAAACGAUAGUUUGUCGCUUUA